AUGGCGCCCGCCACUAGGUACGCUGAAGCCCAGUCAGAGCUCUGUAUGGCAGUCGAGUCCAUCUUUUCCUACGCCUUCCUAUACCGUAUUCAUGGGGACAACAGCUUCGAAGACAAAGCAGAACUUGCAGCCUUCAACGCAUUUCCAGCCGCCAUGAGCCCAGACUGGUGCUCUCACCAGUAUGUCACGCAAACAAACCAAAUCUUCUCAGGGAAUCUGACCCAAAACCCAUUUUUCAAUGUCGUUUCUUACGCCAAUACAUACGGCUUGGAACCCAAUUUUCCCUGCUAUGCAGUCAACCACCCUCAAGCGUAUGCUAAGAUUCCCGGCUGGACCACUCCGAGGGCGAAUAUCGAGAAGAAUGGCGGCCGGAGCAAGAUAGUCAUUCCAGAUGACCCUGGGUUGCAUCACAUAGCAAUUCUUCUGGGAACCACGACUUUGACGCUGGAACUACCUAUGGAGGUUCGGAUCACAAUGCGCAACUCAUCUGUCAGUAUAUACUACGGCCCAUUGCUCUAUGCAUUCGAUAUCCCUUAUACGGAGACGCACCAUCAACCACUGAACUGGACCGAUCGCAAGCCUCUGUCAGAUGAGGAGGUGCACCUCAAAUCCCACGACUACGUAUUAGAACCGACUGAGCUUUGGCAGUACGCAAUCGACCCACAUAGCAUCGUCGUCGAGAAGUCCACAUCAACCGUCGGGGACCUGCCCAAUCCGAUCUUUGCAAAGGAUGCUCCCCCUGUCUUUCUUACAGUCGAUGCUUGGAAGAUUGCCUGGCUAGCAGACAAUGACACAGCAGCGUGGCCUGCAAUCGACCCAGUGGUGGGCAAGGAUAAGAAGGAAAAGAUAAAGUUGGUCCCACUCGGAUCGGGCAGGUUGCAUAUUGCACAAUUCCCUGUGGCAAAACCUCAAUAACCAACAGGCUCGAGUCUCGGAUGGGGAUCAAGAACGGCUUUUCUUGAUGUUAGAUCGACUUGACUAUGUACAUACGAAUCCACAAAUUGUAAAUCCUGCGAGUACCUCUUUUAGCAGCCCAAUGAGAAAAAGUCUGGGCUCGGUACCAUUGGCCUUAGCCUCAACUAGAA